AUGCGCCCGGGGAAUCACGAUUUCAGCUCCUCGGACAGCGAGCUGGAUGAGAACAUUGAGGUGGAGAAGGAGAAGAGCGCGGAUGAAAACGGGAAUUUGAGUUCCCCCCUCGGGUCCAUGUCUCCCACAACCUCGACCCAGGUGCAGGCUCGGAAGCGGCGUCGCGGAAUCAUUGAAAAAAGGCGACGUGACAGAAUCAACAACAGCCUGACGGAGCUGAGGAGACUCGUUCCGAGCGCUUUCGAGAAACAGGGCUCUGCCAAACUGGAGAAAGCUGAAAUUUUGCAGAUGACUGUGGACCACCUGAAGAUGCUCCAUGCCGCCGGAGGCAAAGGUUAUUUUGACGCCCAUGCCUUAGCAAUGGACAACCGCGGCUUGGGUUUCAGGGAGUGUCUGGCUGAGACCGCCCGAUACCUGAGCAUCAUCGAGGGCUUGGACAGCUCCGAUCCUCUGCGGAUCCGCUUGGUUUCCCACCUCAACAACUACGCCAGUCAGAGGGAGGCGCAGACCAGCCUGGGUCACAUGGCCUGGGGCUCUGCGUUCGGCUCACCUCCGCCCCACCUGGCCCACCCCCUGCUUCUGCAGCACCAACAGGGGGUGCCGAUGGCAGCCUUACCCCGCAGCGCCACCAGCAGCCCGCCGACCCCUUCAUCGUCGUCGUCAACGACCCCUUCUUCCUCCUCUUCGUCGUCAUCCUCGUCGGCGCUCGCAGAGACGCCCCACAUUCCAGCCAGGCGUAGCGGCAGCACCACGCCCCACUCGGACCAGGGCCCCGAUCCGGGUCCCCCCAACGACCGUGGCCCCACCACUGUCCUGCACCCGGGCCUGGUCCCCUCGUCGGCGUCCAAGCUCCCCCCCCCUCUCCUCUCCUCCCUCUCAGCCUUCCCCUUCCCUUUCAGCGCCUUCCCACUCAUCUCCCCCCGCCGCCGCUGCCGCUCACCCCCACAGCCCCCUGCGUCCAGCGUGGGGAAACCCUACAGACCCUGGGGGAUGGAAAUAGGGGCUUUUCUGAGUGAAGCGAAACCCCCGGUGACAUUCUGCCAGACUGAACUCACAAACCCAGCUGAGCUGGACUUUCACGGACAAAUGCUUUUUUUUUUUCCUUUUGAUAUUGACAUCCUAUAGGGGAUCUAGCUAUAGGAUUUGUAUUUUCUCAAUAACGUAUUGUGUUUUGUAUAGAAAAAAAAAGACAGUGUGGACAGAGACGAGGACUUUUAAAAAAGCAACAAGAGUGAUUUAUUGUGUUGAUUGAUCUCCGUGUCCCCGCCCACACCCUUUAAGAAGUUUUCCCCCACUGUUGUCAGCCGAUCGGGGGAUGUUUUUUUCCAGAUGGCCAAGCAGUCGCAUGUCGAACUGUCCCGCCUUUAUUCUCCCACUGAGCUGAAACACACUGUACUGGUAGCAGAGAGACAGACGAGAGAGAGAGAGACAGGCGUGAAAGAAGGCCAUGAGGUGGUUGAGGGUCACCCCUUUUUACAGCAUUUUAUGGGGUGGAAUAACCGAAACCAGGUGUUUGCUUGACAAAAAAAGUACUGGGAACAGAAGUUUAGCCACCAGCUUGGUUUAACGUAAGCCGGGGCCCCCAAUUCGCCCACAGCCACUUUGUGUUUGUAUGGUCCCCCAUUGUUUUAGCUUCGCAUCCUCAAUUUAUAUCUCUUUUUCACAGCACGAUUUGUCAGAGGUCAUUUAACUCGGUGACACGGCCGAGGGUAUCACACAUGUCGUAGCGGCAGGUUUCUCCUCCGGUUCCUUCGCAUUCUGAAAAUUGGGCAGUUUUUUACGCCAUAGGUUCGUAGUAAAGUUAGCUACAUCAUCGCUUGGUGGUUAUCUAGAUAGAGGAAGUUCAGAAUCUGUGUUUUGUUACCUCUGGAGAUGCACCACCUCUUCACCACCCUCCAUCGCAUCAUUUUCUAGAAGGAAUCACAGAUUCCCCCCCCCCCCCCCGCUCCUCCCAUCUUCACCUCUCGCCUCUCCGCCGUGGGUUUAGAUGACUUGGUGGGAUCACUCUUUCCUGAAUCUGCUUCAUGCUCAUUCGAAAGCAUCACAUUUUGUGCUUCGUUACAAAAAAAUAAAAGCAAGCCACCGCAAGUCAACGAAUGUGAUGACUCAGCUUUUCAGAGUUGUUGAUGAUGUUUAAUGAUGACGACUUCUCCAUAAUAAAAGAGCGCUGAUGAACUGCGGCUUGGGUCCUGCCUACGUUUAUGAGUGUGUGUUUGCACUCGUCUCAGCCUGUGUUAGUGAGUGUGUGUGUGUGCGUGCGUGCGUGCGUGCGUGUGCGCCUACACCCAUCCGAUGCUGCGGCUUGUUCUAUGGGCAGGCCUCUGUGUGUGCACAGGAAACCAUUAACGAGGAGGGGUUAUCCCGGACAAUAGCGACCCCCACCGGCCCCAUGCGCUGCGUGGGAACCGGCAGAGGAGGACAGACGAGGAGCCGGAGGAAGACAGGGGAACUGAUGAGAGAGAGAGAGAGAGAGAGGGAGAAAGAAAGAGUAGAAUAGAAUACGGAAAGUAGCCGAGGUUGGAGAAAGAUGGAGAAAAGGGAGACCAGGAAAACUGAAGGAAGGGGGUAUUUAAAUGACAGAGGGGGGGGGGGUAUGAGAAAGUCCCUUUGCCAUCGUUUCAAGUUUGUACCAGUUGCAAAUUAUCCUCCAUUAUCUUUCUAUCGUCUCGCUCCCUCUCUCCGUCUCCUCUCCUCUCUCUCUCUGGCUACUAUCUCCUUCUCAUUUCAUCUGCCGUUCAUGCCCUUUAACCAUUUGCUGUUAACAGCGGAGGGCCAGAGCGAUGAAGGCUUCAUGCAAACCAAAACAACAAGAUCAGGAACAAAUUACAACAAAUUAUCCUAACUUUUCCUCGUUAGGGUUCCCGUCUGGCAUCAGAGAGUAGUGAGCAUAUCGUAUUAGUACUGUGUGAAGUACUAAUAGCACUACAUCUGCUACGCAGUACUCAUAUAUGAAGUAGCAGUGAUAGUACAUGCACGUAUCAGUACAACAGAUGUGUUAUUUUCACAGGAGUGCGUGUCAGGUGCAGGUAGAAGAAGAGCAGAUGCUGAUAAUCAAAGUAUUUAAAUAAGUCAGCACACAAUAGUAAUCACUGACACCAAUGGCAAUAUUAGAUGGUUCAUUCUUAAAUGGCCUCUAGAGACCAUUUAAAGAUACAAGCAGGCCUAGAAGAGGAAGGUUUUUCAGGUCGCAGGACUUCUGAGUACUGACAACUUAUCAUUUGUCUCCCUCUAUUGGUGAUAUAUAGUACUGCAUGCAAGGAGCGUCAAAGGUCAAUAUCAGUAGGCAAUAAUUAUGUUGUUCUGGUGUUUAAACGGAGUUUAAUAAAGAUGCUUUAUCAUAAGUAUGUUGUGUCAAAUCGGUAUAUGUAAAAAGGAAAACUUCUCCAUGUUAUUUCCAAUUAUUUGGGUCCCAGGGAAACAUACACACGUCAUUUCAACAAUACUGAGACUUUUGAAGGCAGACCAAGUGAUUCACUGUUAAGUCAAAUAACGAUCUUGUAAACAAAACAAACACACAAAAAAACACUCAAAGCCGAUUUCAUUCACUGAACCCCAAAUCUUUAUUAACCACUGCUUGCUCACAAAGAUAUUAUGUGGAGAGGGAAAAAACACACAGAUGGGAGGAGAGAGAAAGAGAAAGGCAGGUAGGCAGGUGGGUGGAGUCAAUGUAGGACUCUGUGACGUAUUUCUGAGGUCAUCAGUGUGCGAAGUAUUUCGAGUUAUCAUCUACUGUCGUGGAGUUGGUUCCUAUUUUACCAGAGUAGUAGCACAUGGCACGAACAUGUCUACCCAGCCUUCCCUAAAUUACAUACACACACACUCACACACACCUGUAGGCCUGCUGUAUAAUAUGUGAUGAACAGAUCACUGACGUAGGUUUAAUCACCCCCUGGUUACACACUGUAUGAAUAUGCAAAUACACUUACAUGGACCCUUGCAGUUGGCAAUAUUGUGUUUAUGUGUCAUUGUCUCAGCUGUAUCAAUUAUGGCUUUCGCACCUCUCAGAUUUACCUCAGCAUGUUUUGUUUUCUGCGUUUUUCAGUGAAGUGUGGUCGUAUGCUAGAAUAGAGCUUGUUGCGAGCUGGCGAGUUCGGUCCCUGCAGCAUCGGGCAUUUCUCUCACGCUCUGGCUCAAGGUCUCGGGGGUGGCAGAUCCGCGCGAGCUCAUUUGAAAGCGAUGGAUGCUAUGGAUGCUGAUGCUGAGCACUACUCUAGCCUUCACGAGAUGGAGAAUGGUGCCAACUUGUUCGGAAACCCUUCCCUUUUCUUUCUCUUUCUCGAUUCGCUAAUUUCGCCAUGUCAGCAAGCGGGAACUCCAACGCGGGGUCUCUACUUUUCCACGUGACUUGUAACGACGGCCUGUAUCCGUAGCAUUCUUAGACUCUACCUUCACUCUUUUUUCUUUCUUUCUUUCUUUUUUUUUUUUGGUGACGUGCGUUCAUAAUUGAUUGACAUGUGAUCGGAAAACUUGUUUUUUUUUUCUGCCGGCUAACGUCCGAGGCCCCGCCAUUCUGUUCCGGGAAGGUGACGUGAGCUCUAAGGGUGCCACACUGGGCAGAAUUCAGCGCGCCCCAUCUGAGCUGUGUCGUUGUUUUGUGUUGUUUUUGUUUUUUUGUUUGUUUGUUUGCUGAAUUGCUGCCAGUGUGGGAAAGCACGUGUGGGUGGGCGGUGUGUACGCUUGCAUGUAUGUCGUGGGGUGCGUGUCAAGACAGAGGGGGAGAGGGGGAGAUUUGGGCUGUGGUCGGAGACUGAGAGAGAGAGGUUAAGAAAUAGGCUCAUUUUAAAUGCUAUUGUAUUCUUCCUGCAGGCGCGGUCACCUCUGUCUCCCCCUUGUGGCCGCUUGCAUUUUCCACACCGACACGGAAAACGGACGUAGGCUGCAUGCUUGCUCCCUUCCCCUCUGCCCUCCUUAGUGUACACCCUAAGAAGUAGGUGUGUGUGUGUGUGUCCUUGAACGGUUGUUACAGAGGCGGUCGCGGGAUUUCCCUCUAAAACCCGAUGCGGAUCCGGUUCGUGUUAUCGGGACGACAGGUAGCGCGCACUUUGGAGGGAAGGAGGGAAUGGAA